AUGCCAUGGGGACUAUGGACAUCUCCGCCGAGCAGCAGCAGCAGCAGCAGCAGCAGCAGUGGGGAAAGAGGCGGCCGUGACGGAGCAGCCGUCGCUGCCGCUAGGGAGCCGCAACCGCAACCGCAACCGCAACGGUCCGGAUCUACGACUCCGUCAAGAAACAACAACCCGAGUAUCAACCCCGACAAUGCCGACAAGUGGACGUGGCAGCACUACCUCGCGCCGGGCAGCCUGGGGCCCUCGCUGGCCGUGACAGCCGCCGCGUUCGGGCUGCUGGGCUUCUACCGCGCCUACCUGCGCCGCAUCCCCGGCACCAACCACAUCGCGCCCGCCGCCUUCCGCACCCGCAGCCUGCUCGGUAAGGUCACCAGCGUCGGCGACGGAGAUAACUUCCACCUAUUCCACACCCCCGGCGGCCGCCUCGCCGGCUGGGGCUGGCUGCGCGCCGUCCCGCGCGAGCGCAAGCUGCUCAAGGGCCGCACCAUCCCCGUGCGCAUCGCCGGCGUCGACGCGCCCGAGUGUGCGCACUUUGGGCGGCCGGCGCAGCCCUUCUCGGACGACGCGCUGGCCUUUCUGCAGAGCUACAUCCAGGGCCGGCGGGUGCGGGCGUACAUCUACCGACGCGACCAAUACGACCGCGUGGUAGCUACGGUGUACGUGCGGCGCGGGCCCUUCUUCUUCCCGCGCCGCGACGUCGGGCUCGAGAUGCUGCGGCGCGGCCUCGCCACAACGUACGAGGCCAAGUCGGGCGCCGAGUUCGGCGGCGACCGCAUGAAGAAGGUCUACGAAGCCACCGAAGCCGCUGCCAAGGCCAAGGGCAGGGGCAUGUGGUCGGCCGAGAAGGGCGUGAGUGGAAGCUUCUUCAGCCGCCGCGCCACGGCCAAGACGCUCGAGAGCCCUAGGGCUUACAAGGACCGCAUGAAGGGGCUCGAGAAGGCUACCGCAGCCAAGAAGUGA